ACCUGUGUUUAUAAUUGGGUGACACGACUUGUAGGAGAGAUGAAUUGAAAUAUUAAAAUGCAGGAAUGGGUUAGGAUUAAACUAAUAAAUUUAAACUGAUGAACCCUAAGGAUUAACCCGAUGGCAAGAGAUUAUAUAGUGGUCUUUUCUGCGAACAGAAUUCAAGUCUCGUGCACCUAAACAUAUAUACACCUAGUAGUACCACUUAUAGUUCACGGGUUUGGCUUCUUUUCAACUAGAUUUUAUUGAUCCUAUGAUUGGUUGCUGGUCAAAAAGUAGGAGACGAAUAGUUAGAAGAUGAAAGUUUCCAGGAAACUUGUUAUACGGAGCUUGGGCAAUUGAAGAUCAAAUCAUACCAACUAGCUCAUCACAGAAAGAACAAAACUUUAGAUCAUUUUCAAUUUGUUUAUGAGUUUUGAAGUUUUUAUAUAAAAAUUGUGUCUGGUACAAGUUUAACUGUUGAAGCAAGCAUGCCUUUGUCAAGUGAACAACUACCCAUGCAUAUAUAUAUAUAUAUAUAUAUAUAUACGCUAACGGAUGGAAAUUGAAUUACCCACGUAGGUUUAGACUGAAAAUUAAGUCCAAACUGGUGUGAGGCUGCCAUGCCAUUGGAAGGCAACAAAUGUUUUUUGGGAUUGAUUUCAACUUGUGUACUUAAAAGUUGCCUCAGGAUUUGCAUCUUUUCCAUGAUCACAUGGACAAAACCAGUGCCACGAGUACUACUUCAACAUUUGUCACCUAAGUACCCGCAAAAUCCUCUCCCAAUGCACUUGUUUAUCGCAGACUACUGCAAAAGAGAAUGUCUUUAUAUAAUUUGAUGGUAUUGGGGGUUGUGGAAAUAGCAACUAAUAUAUAUGUGUGUGUGUGUGUGUGUGUGCUAAUUGUGCUGUGUAAGGUUUUAAGAUAGAGAGAGGAGGAGAAUUUGGUAGGUUGGAUGCACUUGCAGUGGAAACGCUAAGUGGGCAAGGAGAGUUAGAUUGUCAAAUUAAAGGGCUGGUACUGGUGUUUUAGGAACUUGAACCAAUAGGAAGUCUGCUCAGCUUGGCCUUGGUUGUCCUCCCUUGCCCUUUCUUUAUUUAUUACUUCCAGAGCUCCACUCUCAUUGGCUUCUAGGAUCUGCUAGCUUCUCAAAUCGACCCCUUAAUAUUACUUUUCCAACUCCCCCAUCAAAGCUUUCCGCCGCCAACUUUCCCUCCUCAGUAUUACUCCUGAAGCUCUUAGAUUCCAUCUCUGCAAAUGAAGUUCUUCAAUUGGAUGCAAAACAAGUUUAAUGGCGGACAAGGGAUCAGGAAGACAUCUUCAGUUUCUAGCAAACAUCCUACAAAGCAAGAACCUCUGAAAGAAGAAUUCAGCGACUGGCCUCAUGGACUGCUAGCAAUUGGAACUUUUGGAAACCAUGGUCUCAAAGACAAUCCUCAAAGUCAUGAAAACCUUCAUCAAGAUAACCCCUCUUCAUCUGACGAUGAUUUGUCAGAUUUCACACCUGAAGAAGUUGGACAGCUACAAAAAGAGUUGACCAAGCUCUUGCGACGAAAACCGGCUGUUUCUAAAGCUGAAGGAGAUCAAAAUGCUGACCUCCCAUUGGAUAGAUUCCUCAACUGCCCAUCAAGCUUGGAGGUUGAUCGUAGGAUUUCUACUACAGUUUGCAGUGAUCAUGAUGAAGAAGAAGAUAUUGAUCGGACAAUUAGAGUAAUUAUUGACAGAUGCAAAGAUGUUUGCAUGGAGAAGAAUAAAAAAGCUAUUGGGAAGAAGUCCAUUUCUUUCCUCCUUAAGAAAAUGUUCGUUUGCUCAACUGGAUUUGCACCUGCUCGCAGUCUAAAAGAUACACUUCAAGAAUCAAGAAUGGAAAAGCUCUUAAGGACCAUGCUUUCAAAGAAGAUAAACCCACAAAACGCUUCUCGAGCAUCAUCAAUGAAGAAAAACUUGAAGGGCAAACAAGCUACAGAUAAAAGCAAAGAAGAGGAACCCAAAGACGGGGCAAAGGAUGGAUGUAAAUGGGUCAAGACAGAUUCUGAAUAUAUUGUUCUAGAGAUCUAGGCAUAUAUAUGGCUUCCUCUUAGUAUUGGCUCUGCAAGUAACCCCCACCCUUUUUUGAGCAAUAAGAGAGAGAGGUAUUGAAAGUCCCAGAUAUUGUUGGGAUCUUGGCCAAAGUUGCAAGUUUCCAAGAAAAAUGGAAUCCACCCACCAAUAAGCCCCAUCUCUAUCUGAAUCAGGACAGAUGGCUCAUCAAGUGAUGACCACAUUGUGACUACUGAAGCAGCCUCUUUCUUCCAUUUGAGGACAGUGUUCCCCUGCCCCCCACCCUCCCCUUUUUUCAUGGUUGUACCUGUGAUUUUGGUACAACACAUGUUGCAAAUGUUACAUAUAUUUUGAUGAGGGAUUAAAUUAUAUACUCCUCCCCUGUG